AUGCAUUUGGAUAGAUCCGAAACCAAAUCUCCGGAGGAACUCACUUCGAUUGGGAUCGGGCUUGAAGAGGAAGCUCAAGAUGAUGAUAGAGGCUAUGGAGUUUCUGGAGUUAGCCGUGUCAACAGAGUAGGAAGAUGGGGUCAGCCGAUUACAUUCUUAGACAUUCAUGAAUGUGAUACCCUUAUAAUAUGUGUUUUCUGCUUCCCAACAUCCUCAGUGAUUCCAUUGCAUGACCAUCCAGAGAUGACUGUCUUUAGCAAAAUCCUCUGUGGAUCACUUCAUGUUAAAGCUUACGAUUGGGUCGAACCUCCAUGUAUUAUCACACAUGACAAAUCACAAGCAGCACGGUUGGCGAAAUUGGUUACCGACAAAGUGAUAACGCCACAGUCUGAACUACCAGUGUUGUACCCAAAGACUGGAGGCAAUCUCCAUUGUUUCACUGCGCUGACUCCAUGUGUGGUGCUCGACAUUCUCACACCUCCUUACAACGAAAGCUCUGGCAGGUCUUGCAUUUACUAUAUGGACUAUCCUUUCUCCACCUUCGGUAUGCAAACUUUCUCCAUCUUCAGAACAGAAGAACAUUAAGUUUACUAUGUUUUUUCUUUGGCCGAUGGUUACUUCUCUUUGGUUUGAUGUUUACUUAUCUAUGCGACUGGUAAUAAGCUGAUCAUCAGCUUUGUUCUUGCUUAUCU